AGAAAAUUUUAAUGCAUGGCUACACCAAAAACUCCAAUUCCUUCUCUUCCCCUUUUCUUCUCCCCCUUUCUCUCUAUUUGAUCUGAUUUUCUUGCAUGAAGAGUUGAGGGGAAUGUUGUCUGUUUCGAAGCCAAUUCAUAGGGGAAGUUCAGACUUCAGACAACGUGUGAAUGACUUCGGACCAGGCUUCAUUCCCCCCAACAUGUGGUUUUCUUGUCUCAAGUCUCAACAGCUAUACAUAUCCAACAACCAUGUAUAUGUUUUAUGUUUUUGCUUCUGCAAUUUGAUGCAAAGAAGACAAAGAAGACGAGUUUGAAUCAAGAUUUUCAAUUCAACAACGCUGGAAAAAGGGUCGGAGAAGAUCAGAUUUGAGAAAGAUAUUAAUUCUCUGUGGGUCUUCAAGGAAACAAUCAAAAACUUGCAUGUGAAUGUCAUAAUUCAAGAUGGGUCAGAGCUGCUCGGUGGCUGUCAUAUAAACGUUGAAGGGAGAACUGUUGCUCCUUGCCUGCUUGGUUUUGAGUGUCACCCUGUAAGAAAGGUUAAGCAGUUGUUCAGAAUGAAAUAUACAUAAUCUAAUAUGCAGAAACGAAUUCAAUAUAUCCAAUUGUAAAUCAGAAAGGAAAAGAAUGGCAUUCCUGCAAAGAUAGCGUGAAGAGAGUAUCUAAUCUGUUGGUGUUAGUCUGCAUAAAAAUUUUGUCAGAAAAUAGGCCGAAAAAGUGAACUAGAGUACUCCUGUGAGGAUUUGAUGGGACUUUAGAGAUGGAGAUUCAUUGGAGAUCAGAGAGAAUAAAAAAGGGGGAAGGGGAGUCACCAAAGGGACAUUGUCUGCUUACUUGUGUUUCCCGUGUUCUCCAACUUUUUCAUGCGUCAAAUGGUAAGCUGUCUCCUAAUUCCCAUAGUGCUGUAGUCUUGUGAAACCUUUAAAAUAUAAAAAUCUGCAUUCCCACAGGUACCAGGAAGUUUUACGCUGUGCAUCAAAAUUGCAAAAUUUAAUGUAUCUUUGAGACUUACUACUAGUUCUGCUGUAGUUAAUCUGACAUGAACAAGUUUGUUGAAAAUACAUACUUGAUUGCAAA